AUGAAUUCUACACCAUGGUCAGAAUUGUCAAGAAAUUUAUCAAAAAAUACUGAAUUAAAUAAAAGAGAUAUUUACGAUUCUUCAUCCAUCGAUAAAUUGGGGCAAAUUGAUGUUAAUCGAUCUGAAGAAUUAUGGCCAUUAUAUGAUUCUUAUCUUGUAAAAAAUAAAUCCGAGAAGAAAUUGGAUGAUAUUUUCAAAAAAUUAAAUCGUUAUGGAUUAUUAGUGGAAGUCAAGAACUAUAUUCGAAAAUUAUCAAAAAAUGGAGAAAUUGGUGGCAGUCAGUGUGGUGAAUUAAUUCGACGAUGGCGAAAGCAUCAUAGACAUAUUAUACAUAUUUCAAAGCGAGAGCAUAAAGUGGAUGAAAUUUCGGAAUCGUUGGAAAAAUCUAUGGCAACUUUUGAUGAUGUUAAAAAGAUGUUAAAUGGAUAUGUAGAUAAAGGUCAUUUAUCAUAUAAUGAUGCUGCAAAAAUUAUAAAGAAGUGGAAAAAACGAGAAAAUCGUCGUUCUUGUUUUUAUUGCCGACAAAAUGGCCAUAAAUUGAUAGAGUGUCCUGAAAAAUGCAAAAGUACGGUGGGUACGGGAGUUUGUUUCAAAUGCGGAUCUGCUGAACAUACUUCAGUUCAUUGUAAGCGGAAAGAUAUUCGAGGUUUUCCUUAUGCUACUUGCUUCAUCUGUAAACAAACAGGACAUUUGUCGAGAGAUUGCGAAUUUAAUCCCAAUGGAAUCUAUCCUGACGGUGGUUCUUGCAAUCUGUGCGGUUCACAGAAACAUUUAAAACGUGAUUGUCCUGAACUAAAGCCGAGAAAAAAUUCACUGAUAUUCGGUUUGUUUUUAACGGUUUAUAUGAUUUAG